UUUCUUUUCUGAAAAGAAAUGAAAACUCCGGUUCUUCUAAGUAAGAUAUUUCAUCGUGUCAUAUCUAUUAUCCACUUGGGUUGGGUCCCUCAGUGACCACAUCUCUGUUUUUCAACUUUUUAUUUUUUGGUCUGUGAUCCUCUGUUUGUGGAAGUAUGAGGUAAUCCUCUUGUCCUCCAGAAUCUAUCUUCAUUCUUCUCCCACUUAAACAGCAUUCUCUUUCUUUUUCCUUUUAACAAUCUCCUCCUUAUGUUCUAUGAUAGGAAUUCACUGUCUUUUGAUUUUUUUCUUUUUAAGUUAAAACAAAAAAAAAAGUUUGAUCAUUAGUCUUUGCAGUUUUUUAAUGAGCUGCUAAUUUGGGUUAACCUAUUAAUAAAAGUGUGAUUUUUUAGUUUUUUGUAUAAAGUGGGUUGCCUUUUUUGUUCAUUUCUUAAUUCGGGUUGUACAGUUUGUUUCUUUGAGGUAGGUUAAUCUGGGUAUUCAUCAAAGUGUGAUUUAUUUAUAAAGAGCUGAUUACAUAUGGCAUCUGGAUAAGCCUUUUUGGCUUUGAAGUUAUCCAAAGAAAAGAUAUUGCUUUUUUCCAAGUGGGUAUCUUGGAGGAACACUAAAACUAAAAGUGUUGGAACUUCAUUUUGGAUUGUGUGGCCCUUAUAGUUUCCCUAUCUGGGCUCACUAGUUUUGGUUCUUUUGGGAAAGAAGACUGGGAAUAAGAUAUUUUUAUGAAUUGGAGGGAAGGUCUAAACUCUGUGCGUGGAAACUUGGGGUGAAGAGCAAGAGAAGGAAAGUAUGAGAGGACUCAAAGACAUGGAGAAAAUUACGAGUCCUAUGUUUCCUAGGCUUCAUGUGAAUGAUGCAGAGAAAGGAGGGCCAAGGGCACCUCCAAGGAACAAAAUGGCUCUCUAUGAACAGCUUAGUAUCCCUUCUCAAAGAUCUACCUCUGGAUCGGCGCCCAAACUGCCUCGUCAACAAAACAAUAGCAGCAGCUUGGUUUCUUCCAUAUCCUCGGACCAAGCUACUGCUUAUCCAAGUUCGUUUAACCCAUUCUAUGAUUCCACUGCGCCUUCAUAUUUGGCUGAGAAGCUUCAUUCUACUUCUGGUGGAAUUAAGUUACUCACCACGGGGUCAGAUCAUGAACAAAAGUCUAUGCACCCAACAAACUAUCAAAGGUCAGACUCAGAUGCCACUGGGCCAUUAUCGACUGCUAAAUCUGCUUCAUCUCAAACAUGCAAUUACUCCGAAGUUAAGAGCUUUUCUUUCAAGAUGCCUAGCAAUGACAAUAAUGUUAGAGUUUCUAUAUCGAGUCAAAAUAAAAUCCCACGUAGCUCUUGCAGUCAACAGAGCAAAGAAAGUAAAAAAAUGCCUCAGUUGAGCGUAAGCUCAACCCUGCGACAUAAAAGUUCAUGUGAAAACGUAAAGUCGGGACACUCAGUCAGAGUCCAUUCUGACGUGAACACAAGGCCAGCAAGGAUUAGUCAGGAUCCUGUUGAAGGGUUUGCUUCUAUCCCAGUUGUCGGACAAAAAGAUUUCGGAGAUGCAUCAUCAUGCCCAGUAACUGCGGUCAAUAACUCUGAAAGAUCAAAGCGCGGACAUGCAGCGUUGAAUCAAGAGAAUAACAGUUCAAGAGAUGUUUCCAGAAAAUUACAUGAUCCUAGAACACAAACACGUAAGGAAUUUGUAACCUUGUGUGACAAAGUGAUCGUUAGAGAUAAUUUGGUGGAACCUGUGAAGAGUCCGGUCGGGGAAAGUUCAUCCAAGGUAAGACUUGCAAGUGAAUCAUUUUCAAAGCAACUGCUUACAGGUAAUGGUAGACAUCCUGACCGGCUUGAAAAUGGUAUCAAGUUCCAUGAACAGGAGAAUUGUGACACUCCAACAGGCAGGCGUGAUGAUGUCCAAGAGGUUCCCAUGGUUGAUGCUACAUCCACCUUGAAUGUUCGUCCUGAUGAUGUUGUAGGAGUGCUUGGUGAAAAGCAAUUUUGGAAAGCAAGAAGAACUAUCGCCCAUCACCAGAAGAUCUUUGCGGUGCAAGUGUUUGAGUUGCAUAGACUGAUAAGGGUUCAGAGGUCAAUUGCUAGAUCACCUCAUGCAUUGCAUGAUGAUAGGGUUUAUUUGCACAAGCCUACAAAACAAGCAUCUCAAGUGAAGAAGACACAAUCUGACUACAUUGUGAAGCCAUCAGCCCCCGUUGUUAAGCCCAAAAAUUGUCAUCAGAAGCCAAAUCCUAACACUGAACAUGCUCAAGAGGGUGCAGUUAGGAAGCUUCCUCUUCCUUCUGUCCACAAUAAUUCCAGCAAAGGACUCGUUUCUAAGCAAUCCAGCUACGAUGAAUACUUGAGAAACCCACCACCAGCUCCUACAACCAUGAACAAUUCAGCUGCAUGGCCUUUCCAUUCUACAUCCGGAAACCAGUGGUUAGUUCCAGUUAUGACCCCUUCUGAAGGACUUGUUUACAAGCCUUAUCCAGGGCCAUGCCCCCCAACUCCUGGUUUUGCUGUGCCAAACUAUGGCAGUUGUGGUCCUAUGAGCUUAAAUGGGGGAAGUACUUAUGGCGGUCCAGCUUGUAAUCAGCAAGCAGUUGGAAUUCAUCCAGGAGCACCUCCUAUUGGUAAUCAGACAUACUAUCCUCCACCUUAUGGGUUGCCAGUAAUGAACACUUUUGUAUCGUCAGGUGUGGAGCAGAUGGCACCAUUUGGCAUAGGCCGCUCAAAUGAGCCAGAAUAUCAGUGUUCAUUUGAGGAGGUUAACUUCACAAAACCACACCAGAGUUCAUGUAACAUAUCGAGUCAAAUGAGUCGAGCAAUGUCAUGUUAUGGCGAGGCGUUCCAAGCUUCGAAAGGGAGCGAGUUACAGAGAAGUACAGCUAGUAGUUCUUCUGAGAGUGGUAGAGGAGAUGCUCUUCCCCUUUUCCCUAUGGCGCCAACUGUGGACGAGCCUGAUCAAAAUACAGAAGAAAGUAGCAAGCAUCAAACUCGAGUGAUCAAGGUUGUUCCACAUAAUGCAAGAUCAGCAACUGAAUCAGCAGCUAGGAUAUUCCGGUCCAUACAAGAAGAAAGGAAACAUUUGCACUUAAUCUCAUCUUGAAUUGAACCAUAUUGACAAGUGCAGGAAGCAAACAUCAGGGCUGUCAAGUACACUGCACAUCUGUAUGAUGAUAAUUUUGUAUCUGUAAUAAUAAAUGUCUUUUUAAAAUUUUUACAAAUCAAAGUGUUGAUAAGAUGUAUAUAGGAUGAGGACACAAAUUUAUUUCUUGCAUUGAGAGUUGAAUCUUCUUCAGCUUGUGCUUUGUGAUUGAGAUAUGACGCAUAGUCUACAGGCCUUGCGUUUUUGAAGGCAUCUUUUAUGAGUUGAUCAACUCCAAUUGACAAUCUGAAUUAAUGGCCUAUUACUUUAAUUGGUUGUGUAACUCUUACCUUCUAUAAAUAGUAUUAUAUUUCUUGUUA